UGCAAAGGGAAUCCUAGUAAAAACAAAACAAGGAAGAGAAAGUCCCAGAAACAAUCAUUUUCAAGGGUAAUUACUGUUAUAUUUACUUCAUACCAGCGAUCAAUUUUACGUGCAAAGCGGACCUGUGUCUUUUUUAAAGAAUUUCCCAUAAUAUGGAAUAUAAGAUUGAUAACUAGGUAAGCUAGCUGACUAAAUAGAAAACAUUGAAAUGGCACAAAAAUCAUUUCCAAACACAGAAGAUAUAAAAGCAGAAAAUGAAAGACACAAGGUUGUUAUUCAAGCAUUGUCAAAAGAGUUAGAAGAUACAAAAUUAAACAGUAAACAAACUGUUGAUGCAAGCAAAUGGCUCGUACAGCAAAAUGAAAUUUUGACAAAAGAAAACCGUAAACUUAGUAUACAGUUGUACCAUUGGAGGAAUAAUGCUAAUGAUGCUAAUGAUCGACUUUCAAGAAUAAAUUCGAAUAAAUCAAAGAAUGCAGCUGAAAUUUUUUAUGACUCUUCAGUUAAAAGAAUAACUGAUAUGUUACUCAAAGAAAACAGUAUGCUGAUAAAUAAAUGGAAUGAAGAGUUGAAAAACAAGAAGGGUGCAGAGAUUAUCAAACAGUUAGAUCAAACACAGGAACAUGUCUCUUCUCUAAAACUGGAGCUUGAAAGAAAGUUCAAAGAAAAUAGACGACUAGAACAAUUACUAGAUGAAAAAGUUGGAUUUAACUCUAUUCACAAAGAACUAUUUAGACUUCAACAAAAAGUUAGUUCUCUGCAGAAAGAUAACACAGAACUAAAGUCUUAUUUAAUUCAGAAGCAUAAUGUGAUGGAAUAUUUAAAAGCAAAAUUUGAUGCCCUAACCACAGAUUUAACAAAGAGAUUUAUUAAGGCAUAUAAUGAGGACGAAACAAACUUUUUUAGUCAGUUAAAAGGACUGGAGGAUGAAAUUCCAGAAUUUCUCACAAUACCUUUGAGCAAUGACCAGGGCACAAAUACAGAUGUAAUGUCAAUUGUUGGACCAGACAUUGAACCUGUAAAUUUGCCAACAUCACAGUACUCAGCUGAUAGCCAGUGUGACUCUGGUUUGGGUACUUUUUCCAGCGGUCCAUUCAAAAUCUCGGACUUCAAUGCUGCCAAGGCUGAAAUCUUUGAGAUGGAAAAAAAAUAUAAAAUUUUGGAAGUGGAAAAUAACAAAUUGAAUUUAGAAUUAUCGAAAAGUAACAGUGAAAUACAAAAUCUGAAGCAGUUUCAUAAUGAUCUUGUUGACCAAGUGGAGAAAGCAAAUAAGAAUAAUGAAGUACAAUCUAAUGAAAUUGCAUCCUGGACAACAGCACUUACACAAGCUAAUAAUGAGGCUCGACAAUUUAAAAUGGAAAUGGAUGAAAUGGAAAAUGAGUUAAACAAUUGUCGUACGAAACUUCAAGAUUAUGAAAACUGUAAGAAGGAAAAUACAAAACUCAAAUCCAUUAUACAAAGUCAAUAUGAUAAGCUAAGAGAGUUAAACUCAAAGCAGGUUGGACAGACUGCAUCAUCAAGUUAUGCAAGGGAGCCAUUGGACGAACAUCAGAGACAUCAAUUUGUACCAUUGGGUCGUGGUCCACCUCCAUCGGAACCUUAUAUUACAAAUUCUCCUAUGGCUGGCCCGCAAUGGAUGAAUAUGCCAAAAGAAAUCGUAGUUUCUGAUGGUCCAGAAGUAAAACGAGGACAUGGUACAGAAGAAAAAAGAAAUCCUCCCACAGAAAACUCUCCAGUGUAUAAACGUAACCAGUCAACACCUGAUUUGCGACAAAAUGUUAGAUCUCCAACUUAUAUGGAAAACUUAGGCAUUUCUAUACGUGAUAACUUGUAUACUUGUGAACAUUGUAAUGCCAGAAUGCCGUCUUCAUUGUAUUGGGAUCAUGUAAGGACUUGUACUAACGAGCAAUACAACGAAUAAAUUAUCAGUAUAUUAAUAUAAUAAACAUGGGAUCCUAAGUAUUAAAUGAGACGUACCAUGAUUAACUGAAAAAUGAAUUUUAUAAAAUUCAAAUGUGUAUGUAAAAUGUAAAUCUUUAUAUUGUCACCCUUUUUUAUAUACUGUGUUCGAGUAUAAAUUAGUUUGAGAAAA